UACAUUUCCCAGGAACCCGUGUUCUAUGGGCCCUGUAGUUGGAUAAUUGUCUUUUUAGCUUCGGGACAGAAAACUUGUAGGCUGUUUGACUGGAUAAGGACUCCAAAAGUGCGAAGGGACUAGAUGGGCGCCAUGGUGACGGACAGCUAGGGACCGGGAGGUGAGAGUUCGGCCCUCUAUCGACAUCGGGGCGCUGAAAGAGUGGCCUUGUGAAUUGGAAUGCCUGCUCAAAUCCCCAGACCAGAGAUAAUGGAUGAAGAUCAAUUAAUGAAAGAAGUCUUGGAUAAGUUUGUCAACUGUCACGAGCAAACCUAUGAAGAAUUUCUGAGUACUUUUACUCAUCUUUCAAAAGAGGACAAUGUGUCCAAAGGGGGAGCACAUGGAACUGAUUCAUCAGAAAAUAUAUUUACUACUGAAAAGUGGAAUCAUAAAAUUGAAUCAAAUGGUCGUCAUUUUAGAAAUACAACCGUCUUUCUUCACGCUUCAUCGGGAUACUCAGAAGAGGACCAGAUCGUGAUUGAUGAAGGCCACACAGUUGGCAGUUGCUGUCAAGGUGAUAUGACCCGGGCUGGAAAGGUGAAGGUAGACAACUUCCUAGACUUAGAAGAUGAGGACAUGGAGGAAGAGAGUAAACCCCAGAUGAACAAGGAUCGGCUGCUACUUCCAGGUGAAGUGGAACAGGGUGUGAGCACCAGCAUUCCUGCUUGUUUUCCUUCCAUGGACCUGCCUCUCGCCUCUGAGGUGAAGCCAAAGCCUGCUGUGGAAAGAACUCAGAAGCAAAUCCAAGAGAUACUCGGAGAUGAAGUUCAGCCCUUCUUUCUCGAUGAAGAAUUUGAUUAUGACAAUGUGACUCUCACUCCCAAGUUUACUGCUGGAGAGAUAGCAACCAUCCAAGAGCUAUCCAAGCAAAAGAGAAUGGAUUCCACUACAGACAUGUGCAAACUCCAUGACUGAUGCCUUCGUGUUUAGUUUUAUUUUGUUCACACCCGAGCAGCAUUAGAAUAAAGCAUAUGCCAACUGAUUCCCUCUG